CUGGCUUAUUCGUCGCUAUUUUAUGAAGCGAUAAUACACGUGCACGUGUGCUUAUGUACUGUUAAGCAUGCAUUGUCACCUCUUCUGGCUUCCGUGAGAUUAAAUAGGGAAGUUACAUUCCCCAUAUUUCUGUUGCCUAGUAGGCUUACAUCUAAGGAUCAUUCAUCAGGAUGGGGUUAACGAAGCAAUACCUACGCUUUGUGCAGAGUGCUGUGUUUGGAGUUGUAGGGACAACCAAAGCGAAUGUAGUGUUCACCAAAGACCAUCAGUUUGCUGCAGUGUCUGCCGUAGAGCAUGUUAUCAUCUGGAGCCUCAAGAGAGCAGAGAAAGUACUAGUACUUGAGGGCAGCAAACAUGAGGUCACUGCCCUUGCCCAGACAGACGCUCGUCCGAUCAUUGCAGUAGGUUAUUCUGAUGGAUCUAUCAAGCUCUUUGACAGUGAUAACGGAGAUGAGAUCGUGACGUUCAAUGGACACAAGACAGCUGUGUCCACCAUGCACUUUGACGACCAUGCCCUACGUCUUGCUUCAGGGUCAAAGGACACUGAUGUUAUCAUCUGGGAUGUAGUGAACGAGAGCGGUCUGUAUAGGUUGAAAGGUCAUCGUGGUAUGGUGACUAGGGUGAGCUUCAUGGCACAGCACAACAUCGUCAUUUCUAGUUCUAAGGAUACCUUUGUAAAGUUCUGGGAUUUAGACACACAGCACUGCUUCAAGACUCUGGUUGGGCACAGAAGUGAGGUAUGGGACUUUGCUCUUCUAGCCGAAGACAAGGGGCUAGUGACAGGAACAUCAGGCAGUGAUCUUCAAGUAUGGGACAUUGCCUUUCAAGAUGAGCUUGAAGAUGAGGAUGAAGAGAGCAAAGGACCCUCUCCUGCUAAGAAACCAAGAAGGAGAAUGAGUGAAGAAGAUGAGGAGGACGAUGAAGAUGAUGAAGAUGGAGAGGAAGGAGAUGACAAUAGUAUUUUGACCUGUACCAAAGCAGGAACAAUCCUAAGAAAGGGAACUGACAGAGUAGUAUCUCUUUACCUUGAUUCUACAGGCAGAAUUCUAGGCUGUCAUGGUCCCAGUCCCCAUUUAGAACUCUUCAAGGUGUGCACACCUCAGGAACUGAAGAAGAAAUUACUCAAGAAACAGAAGAGAGAAAGAAAGAAAGCAAGAGGUGAGGAUGGUGAGGAGGUAGAUGUAUCUAACGUCAAGCUAUCAGCAGAAGAUAGGAUACAAGCUCUUACUAACAUCAAGGCUUCAGCCAAACUCAGGUCCUUUCACUCUCAUGUGGAUGCCAAUGGAGAAGUGAGCGUGGUGACCCUUUUACAUAAUAACAGCCUAGAGGUAUACAAGGUGGAUCUUACAGCAGAUAAACCUAUAGCUAGUAAAGAAAAUUGUAUCAGUCUGCCAGGUCAUCGUCAUGACGUCAGGACUGUAUCUGUUAGCUCUGAUAACACAGCUGUGCUAUCUGCUGGUGGAAAUGCUGUCAAGAUCUGGAACAGAUCCACCCAGCAAUGUAUUCGAACCAUGAGUUGUGGCCAUGCCUUGUCAUCUGUCUUUGCUCCAGGUAACAGGCAUUGCAUUGUGGGUAACAAGGCUGGUCGACUAGAAAUGUUUGAUAUCGCAUCUGGUUCCUUGACUGAAUCAUUUGAGGCUCACGAGGGCGCCAUUUGGUCUAUUUGUCUUUCACCAGACAAGAGGGGCUUUGUGACAGGUAGUGCUGACAAGACUCUGAAGUUCUGGGAGUUUGAACUUGUGAGCUCCGAGAAUGAUGAAGGCAGAACUGUUCGUGAGUUGAGCAUCAUUCACACUAGGACAUUGAAGAUGUCUGAUGAUGUGCUGUGUGUGAAGUACUCUCCAGAUGGUAGACUAGUAGCCGCAUCGCUCCUAGAUAGCACUGUCAAGGUCUUCUUUGCUGAUACUCUCAAGUUCUUCCUGUCUCUCUAUGGUCACAAGUUACCAGUACUCAGCAUGGACAUCUCUUCAGAUAGUAACUUGCUUGUGACUGGAUCAGCUGACAGGAACGUCAAACUAUGGGGUCUGGAUUUUGGUGAUUGUCACAAGUCCUUGUUUGCUCAUGAUGACAGCGUGAUGUGUGUUCAGUUCCUACCCGGUACACAUCUCUUCUUCACUGGAGGCAAGGAUGGCAAGCUCAAACAAUGGGAUGGGGAUCACUUCCAACAGAUUACUACAUUAGAGGGUCAUCAUGGUGAAGUAUGGUGUAUGACUAUCAGUCCAGAUGGAAGCUAUAUGGUGAGCGCGUCUCAUGACAAAUCACUGCGGACAUGGGAGAAGACAGAGGAGCCCAUCGUCUUGGAAGAAGAGCAAGAAAUGGAGAGAGAGAGAAAGUAUGAAGAGAGUCUAAAUAAAGAAGAACAACCGAUUGCAGGGGAGCCCACUGGAGGAGAGGUGUCCCUACCAGAGAAGAGAACAGUGGAGACAUUGAGAGGAGCAGAAAGACUGAUGGAAGCACUCAACUUAUACCAGGAAGAGAUGGCCAAGAUGGAAGAUUAUAAGGAGAGGUGUGAAACAGCGGGAAAAGAGCUCCCACUCCCAGACAAGCAUCCUAUUCUCAUGGCAUUUGGAAACCUAACUCCCCUCAGAUAUGUUGGAGAAGUCAUCAAGAAGAUAAAAUCAAGUGAACUGGAAGAAAGCUUACUAGUCUUGCCUCUAGACUAUGUUCUUCAGUUACUACCCAUCCUAGAGACACUCAUCCAAGAAUCCAGAGAAGUGGAGCUGGCCUGUAGAUGUCUUUUCUUCUUGCUUAGGAUACAUCAUGGUCAGAUAACGUCUAAUCAAACACUCCUACCCAUGAUAGACAGACUGAGAAAGACAACAUUAACAAAGGCUAAAAGACUAAGGGACACCAUAGGCUUCAAUCAAGCCGGUCUUCAGUUCCUUAAGGACAAGCUAGAAGCCGAGAAUGAAGUUCAACUCUUCGCCGAUGCGACCGCUAACUUCCAGACUAAGAAGAGGAAACAAAAGAAAAGAGCAGAUAGAGCUAUCCUAAAAUUAUGAUAAAUCCCAGAAUGACCACAUGAACUGUAUCUUUAGACUGUUUUGAAAUGAACUAAAAUGGUCAUUAAAUCAUCAAUCUACAAGAAAUGUUUGAUCCAAGAACUGCUAGUGAUCAGAGAUAUCCAACUCUCGACACGAUAUCAACUACUUUCUAAAAUUCAACCUCAGCCAAUUUCAAUAGCAUUGUGCAUCACCUAUUGAAAUGUGCAAACAUGACCAUGACAUUCUAUUAUGUUAUCCAUACAGCAUUGAAAUUGCCCUUGGUUUUUUUUUUUGUAAUGGUUGCGAUAAAAAAAUUUCCAACAUUGAUUAAACUGACACCUGCUCCCAUGUCAGAACAUAUUUUUGUAUAGCCUUGUGCCGUCUGUAAAUUGUUAAUUAAGGACUGUCACAUUUUCAAGUAAAAUAGCUUUCAUCUUUUCAUGGAUUUUGCACUAGAUUAUUCUCAGGGUCAGUAUUUCAUGGGUAACCCAAGCAUUAAUUGAAUACCAAGCCGUACAGCACAAAUUGUGGUUGAAGAAUCCUAACCUUUGCUAAUGGGUUAUUUGCAAAACAAAGUGCCCCUGCUACUUACAUGUACCUUGAUUUGAAAAGACAUGAAUAAUUGCAGAGUGUUGUAGACAAAUGAACUGUGUUGUUUUGGAUUGAGUACAUCAUCGUCAGAACUUAAAAGGAAGUCAGAAUACAGUACCAGUAAUGUGUUGAGCCUCUGGAUAGCAAUUAGCAUGUUAACAGUACAUAGUGCUGAAGAUUCUUACUCCAAUCACAUGGAAUCAGUUCCAGGAAAACCUUGAUGGGUGUCUGCAUACAUGUAGGUGCAACAUAGCUUGAGGCUACGUAGGCUGGGAGUUCAUUAGAUGGAGUUAGCUUCAAUGUACAAGGAUACUCUUGACUAAUGAGAAACACAUUAUAAGCUGAGUGCUCUGUGACCUACGUUCAUGGCUCAAGCUAUGUUACACUUACAUGUAUGCAGAUAUCCAUCAAGGCUUUGUUGGAACUGAUUUCGUGCGAUUGGUGUUUGAAUCUUCAGCAACAUGUACAACAAAGUUAUUCAUACCUGUUGGAAAAUUUGAUGUUUUUCUGUUUUCAUUUUAACUUGUUGAAUUAAGGCCUGCAUUUAAUUCUUUUUGAUAUAAGCUUUAAUAUGUCACAUUCUGAAGAAACAUAAAUCAGGACAAAUACAUUUUCCACAUAAUACAAAAAAUAUGACACUUGAAUAAUGCAGUCGUUAACUGUAUGUGUAGCUUUUAGUGAAGUUUUAGUGAAUCUACGAUUGAUGUUGAUCUAUGGAAGGUAAAUGAAAUGAAAUCAUGCAGAAUGAUUGAGUUUAUGUACUUGUGAUUUUAGAUUCGAAAUCUGCAAUUACAUCACCUCAGGUACAAUAUGGUAUGUUCAGAGGAGUCCUGUGCUUCACUUUUUUGUUUAAAUAAAUCUUAUAACACACGGAUAAAUGAGUACAUGUAGGAACUCUGUUGCGCACAGCUGCUUUUUCACCCCCCCCCCCCCCUAUUAAUUUAGUACUCACAUAACAGCAUAUUAGAAACAAGCUUUAAGACCUGAGGUGAAUCUUCAUUCACAUUAGAUUUUAAUCUGUUGCACAUUAACUGAACUCUGAUGAACUAGGUUGUGCUUUAAAAGUUGAAUAAGAAGAGGGAAAGCUGCUAUUAAAUCACCUUGAGUACAAACCGGUAUGUUCCAAAGAUUCUUAAACAGAUACAGACCAAGGCUUGUGUAUGUUUGUACAGUUUGUACAGUAAGUUCUUAAACCUUCCAAACCAUAUGUGAUGACACAUUAAUCAGAUAGCACUGGUAUGCUUAUCUGAUAAGGUGCAACCCAAAGAGAGGAAAUUGUGUAAGUGCCCUCCCCCCCCCCCUCCUCCCCCUCCUCCAUUCAUGUUCUUCUCUCCUUUUCUUUCUUUCUAUUAUGACCUUGCCUAGCUAUGUGUAUAUUUAUCCCUUGUGAUGAACAAACCAAUAAAAUGUACCUCCACUCUCUUUGUAAAGGUGCGGUAUAUUACAUUCUCCUUUUCAGUGUGAUGAUUGGCCCGGAGUAAUUUUUACAAUUUUUACAGCCCUUUGAGAAUUUUAUUACCCAUUCGACAUUUUACUAUACUGGAAGAAGUUGAUUUCCCAGACAUUUGUGUAAGGAUGUUCUGAUGUAGGAAUAACUCUUAUUAUGUAACUUUAUGUAUUACUUGCAUUUAGAAUAAUGAAAUGUGAUACCUAAAAGUUGGUGAUACAAGUCUUAUUAUAAGGCCACUAAAUAUGGAUGCAAUGGAAUUGAUGAUAUAAAAGAGAAGUUUUAUCAUAUCCAAUCAUGUCCAAGGUUUUUAUUUGAAUAAAAAAGGAAGAAAUAUUUAAACUCA